UCUGUGUUCCUUCACACACACCCUGCAUUUUCUUAGGCACAUCUCUUUCGUCCGUGCAUCUUCCUUCUUGGGAGCUUCCAGGCCUCUCACAUCCUACCAACUCGCACCCAUGAAGCGUUCUGUAGUUCUUUUCCCUCUCUUCCUUUUGCUCUCCAUUGCUCAGGCAGGACGCAGAAGGAAAACAGAUACGCAGACCUGCAUCCUACGUGACGGCUACUGCAGGAGCAAAUGCAACGAGACCACCUGGGCCAUCCCAGAACGAGAUCUUGGGACCUGUGCCAAUGGGAAGCAGAGGUGUUGCCGACCUGAGGAGCUGCUUCCCAGCCACCAGGAGAUCUCAGAUGGGCCCCAGCUGUGACAAAUGCCUGUCCUUUCCUUUGGUGUGUUCUUCAUUCGUGAAGGCUAAACAUACCCAAGUCCCUCAACUGUUCCUCAUACGGCUUGGUUUCCGGACCCUGGAUCAUCUUGGUUGACCUCCUCGGCACAUCUUCCAGCUUGUCAACAUCCUUCUUAAAUUGUGGUGCCCAGAACUGGACCCAAUAUUCCAGGUGUGGCCUGACCAAGGCAGAAUGCAGCAGGACUACCACCUCCCUUGAUCGGCACAUAUUGAUGCAGCCUAGAAUCACAUCUGCUCCUUUUGCUGCUGCAUCACGCUGUUGACUCAUGUUAAGCUUGUGGUCUACUAAGACCCCUAGAUCUUUUUCAACUGGCAAGUCCACAUCCUGAAGUU